AUGCAAGUUCCUGGUCCGCUCGUCAUAGCCGGUGAAAAUGUUCUUGCUGUUGUGCGCGCCAUACUGAAGAGUCCAUAUCUCGUUCAAGCGGCAUCGUUUGACGAGGCAAAUAAAUGGGUGUUCUACGACGUGGUCGGCCUUUUCACCAUUUUCUAUACGGUUAGCGUAGGCCAAAUACUCAAUUAUGGUGCUUGUCUUCUGGUCGCUGCCUUAGUUGCAUUCCGGAUUCGAUCCGGCGCUUAUACAUUCAGUGAUCUCGGUCAGGCUUUCUUUCAUCAUAUAUGUACUUUUGUCGCCAUGGUCCUGACUAUGGUGGUAGUGGUAGUGCUCGUGCUCAAAUUCGAUCUUGUGAUGUGCUGGUAUAAACUCCCUGAAAUAGUUGCUCCACUGUAUGUCUUGCCCAUGCUAAUUGUUGGAUGUACGGCUCAUACCUAUUUUGCCGACAAAACUAAGGUUCGCAACAUUGAAAUGGUUCAAUAUGACAGCAUAGUGAUCACCUACGCUGCAGUUCUGUUUGUCUUGACUUCAUACAAUGUUGCUUCUGCCUUCUUCGUUUUCAAUUACGUGAUGUUCCCACUCCUCAAAGAUCCGCUGAUCUUCGCCAUGGGUGCUAGUGGACUAGUGAAACGUGGGUUUUCUUUUAGUCAGCUUUGA